AUGGGGCUGAACUUCGGCCAGAUGCAAGACGCGACAGGUGUCGGCCUGAGCAUGGGUGAGCAGACUCAGAUGGUCCCUCGGGGCGAACUUCGCGCCUUCGAGCUGGCCGCGAGCUUCUCCGAGGAAGCCGUCGUCUUCAUCGCCGACUGCGAGAGCCGCGCAGCCGCUCCGGGCCAUGUCGGGAGCGUCGGCACGAACGAGGACCAGUUUGACAAGGAGGUCGAGCUGUACGUGUCGUACAGCUUGGCGAGUGGAGAGCCAGACCACCUUGGUUCAGUGUUGGGGCGUUUGUUCAAGGGCCUCGAGUCGGGGUCGCAGCAGGCGCUCAAGUGGAAGCUCAUUGUCUGCCAGGUGCCCAUGAUGGUGGCCGAGCUCAGCCGUUGGGACUCAGCGAAAAGGCAGUCAGCCCGCGAGGCCUUCGAGCUGGAGAAGGCAAAGAGGGCCAAGAAGCGGGAGGAGGACCACGUGUCGGAGGCGGGCCAGGCCCUGGACCAAGCCAGCCUGCAGCGGGGACCUCAAAGGGAGGAGACGAGCAUCGCACAGAAGAAGCACGACAAGCAGAAGAACAGGAAGGACAACAAGACUUGGGUCCCGAAGUGGAAGCGCCUGCGGCCCAGCUGCAAGUACGUGAACUUCGGAUGGCGCCAGAAGUGCGGCCAGUGCACUGCAGUGGCGCCCCUGGAGACGCUGAGCUUGCAGGAGCAGCAGGCGGUGGAGAACCUCACGGACCCGCAGGAGAUUCAGCGCCACCAGGAUUUCAAGGACUGGGAAGUGAAGUGGCUUGCGGGCCUGGUGGAGCAGCAGUCCGACCUGGAGCUCGAGGACGCCGUCUGCUUCAUCAACGCCAAGCAGCUGGUCAACAUCCAGGGCAUGAUCUUUCAGGCGUGGGCUGGAGCGAUCAGCGGCAAGACCAAGAAGGGCAAGCAGAAGAGCAAGGGCCCCGUGAACGCCGCGGGCGCUGGAGGUUCUGGGCUCAGGUGGCUGUGGGCCGCGCUCCUGGCCGCCCGCGCCGCCGCCGCGGGGCCCGAGCGCGGCGGCGGCCGCCUGGUCCUGGACCUUCACCUGCCGGACCACGUCGUGGCCAGGCACCGGGCGCGGAAGGCGGCAGCCGCCGCCGCCGCCGACCGCGCCGAGGCUGCCGGGGCGCACCAGCUGAGGGGACGGCUCCUGGCGGCCGCGCACUCCAUCGAGCUCGGCAACGACGACAACGUGCAGUACCACCUCAAGAUCUCCGUAGGAGAGUCGUGCGGGGCGCACCCCCGCGGCGAGCAGCAGUUCCAGGUGGUGCCCGACACCGGGAGCUCGGACCUCUGGAUCCCGGCCCUGAACUGCACCCAGUGCCGCUCCGGGGCCGCGCGGUUCGACUUCAACCAGUCCUGCAGCGCGGUCUGGAAGGGCGAUCGGAUCAAGUUCCAGUACGGGGACGGCACCGUUGCCAUCGGAGAUUCUUUCACGGACACGGUGACCGUUGGCAGCCUCGUGGUCAAGGACCAGUUCGUGAUCCAGGUCGACAGCGUAACUUCCGAGACGCACAUGAAGUCGGACGGCAUACUCGGCCUGGCCCACCACUACCAGAAGGACUCCAACUCCAAGGGGGAGACCUUCCUGACGACCCUGUUCAAAGAACACGCCGACUUGCCCAAGCAGUUCUCCUUCUACCUGACUGGCACUGCGGAGGAGCCCUCCAAGCUCAUCUUCGGCGACGCGAAUUUGAAGGAACUCUCAAAAGAGACGUCGUUUCGAUACGGAAAGGCCCAGUACAUGGAGCAGACAGACUUGUGGCUAACCAGCAUUUGGUCCAUAGGUUGGAGUACCACUGGCGUUGAGCACACGUUCAACGAUAGGUUUAACGGAAUGGGCUCUCCCGCCCUCGUCGACUCGGGUUCUUCGCUCAUCGUACUGGAUCCCGAGAUAUCUACGGCGCUUUGCGGUGGUGCGUGUGCGGGCAAGGGUGGCGCGGAGCGGUCCUUCGUGCUCGGCGGCGUGCGUGGCCUGGUCGGCAUCUACACCUUAGGGCGUGGGGAGGUGAAGGUAUCCCGGGAUCUGGGCUCCAGGCUCGUGAUCAACGUGAUUAGCGAGGACAACGAGCAGUUCUCCCUGUGCAUGAAACCCGAGGAGUACACCAUCGACUCUGUGGACUUCCUGGACCCAAGCAAGUCGACGUGUGUGCCGUCGCUGCAGCGAGGAAGCCCUGGCCAGCCGGUCCCGAUCAUAUUCGGCAUGACUUUCAUGCGAGCGUUUUAUACGACUUUCGAUAUCGAGAAUCAUCGCAUAGGUUUCGCGCGCAGCAACCUGUCCCCGUUGCCAGCGCUCGCGAAGUGCACGAUUGACUCCCAGCCCGUCAUCAGGCGGUCGCUCUGGCUCGCGUCCAUGGUCGCUGCGUUAUUCUCGGUGACGUUCGCAUGCUAUGUCGUGUGGGUGCCCGCGUUAGCUCCGGAUAAGGGUUGUUGCAAGCAGCAGGCAGUGGUGCUCCGGGCGGGGUGCCGAGCGCCCACGGCGGGCGGGCCGCGCCCCUCGGAGGCCGCGGGGCAGCUGAGCGCGAGCAGCGCGGGGCAGAGCCAGGAGGUGGACAAGCUGCGCUCGGAGGUGGGCGCGGCGCGCCAGGAGCGCGACAGCGCCCUGCUGGCGCAGGCGUCGCUGGAGGAGGAGGGGGCGCGCCUCCGCGGCCAGCUGCGCGCUGCGCUCGCCGAGGGCAGCGGCUUCUCUGGUGGGAGCCUUGUGCUCUCGCUCGGGCGCGGCUACCAGGGCACGGUGGGGUGUCCGUGGGUGCUGCGUGUAGAUGGCGUCCGUGUGGGGGACCUCGGCGUUCCGGAUCCUGUCGUGCCGUUGCCGCCCUCGGGGUCAGCUUGA